AUGGCUCCUGCGAGGCUGGCCACCUCAUCGGCUCCCCGUCGACCCCGGUCUGGAGAUGUCCAAGCUGGUGACCCGGUUCCCGUGAAACACCGUCGCUACCGGCCGGGAACGCGUGCCUUGCAAGAAAUCAGACAAUACCAGAGCGGGACGAAGCUUCUGCUGCUAAAACUACCCUUUAUGCGAUUGGUACGCGAAAUUGGCAUGAACUGCCGUCCUCGAGGACGCGAAUUCCGGUGGCAGAGCCAGGCGAUUCAAGCACUCCAAGAAGCCGCCGAGGCCUUCAUGGUCCACCUCUUCGAGGAUGCCCAACUCUGUGCUUUCCACGCCAAACGAGUGACGAUUAUGCAGAAAGAUAUACAGCUUGCGAGACGGAUUCGAGGUGUUUGGGCCGGCUUGGGCUGA